GCUGAUAUAAAAUUUAUUAACAUGGGAUGUUGUGCUGCAAAGCCAAAGGUUUUGAAGGGCCAGGAAGCCGAGGAGCCGAUUCCCAUACCGUCUUCUAAGUGGGCCAAAGAAUCUGUUCCUGAACCUACAGAACCUGAAAACAAGGUCGAACCUGACCUCAAUCACCAUGGCAACACGCGACGAUCUCUUAGUAACUUGUUCAAAGAGGAGGAAAUGGGAAUGUUAGCCAAGAAUGAUAAUAACGCAGAAUCAGAGCCAACAAAAUGCGCACCAAUGGAGUCAGUGACAGAAGAAUCGUCGAAACCGGCGAAACAAGAAUCAGCCGAGCCUUUAUAUAUAGAGCCAAAUAAGAAGUCACCGACAGAUGCCGAGAAGCUAAAUGUAGGCAGUGUGAUUCUAGGUGAGGAACCUAAGGAGCCUGUAAAGCCAAUCCAGCAAACCUACGAGCCGGAUUCUAUGCAGGCUGCUCAUGGAAACAUUGAACCAGAACAAUCAGUUGAAGCCAAGCCAGUACCUGAUAUGGCAGCAAAGAAACUAAAAGAGGACAAUGUGAACAUGAGACAGGAAAGAGAGGAACCUGCAAAGGCAGAUCCUGUGCGGGUUCCUCCUGUUAAGAUCAUUGAAGUCAAAUCAACAUCUGAGGAAGCAACAGUUACUGAGAAACUAAACGAAGGCGAUAUAAUUAUAGAGCAGGAAAUGGAAGAGCCUGCAAAGCCGAUGGAGCGUAACAAGAAGCCAGAUAUUGUGGUUGAUACUCCUCGAAAAAAUGAAUUGGUACGAUCAUUUGAAAUCAAAUCAGCACCAGGGGUGGUUUUGUAUACCGGAAAACUAAAAGAUGGUUUAAUUAUGAAUCAGGAAUUCGAGGAUCCUGCAAAGCUACUCAAGCAGAUCUUUAAUCCGGUCCGUAUGUCUGCUCCUCCUGGAAAUAUUGAAUCGGUACAACGAAUUAAGGCUUAUCCAACUCCUGAGGGAGAAAACGAUACCCAGGUAUCUCCGAAGCCGAUCGACAACAAGCCGGAUCCCGUUUUUGUUAUGCCUGGUGUGACUGAACCCAGACGAUCAAUUGAAGCCAAAUUAGCGCCUACGGUUGAAAUAAAGAUCGAGGAACUAAAAGAGGAAGACGAGGAACCUGCAAAGCCAAAUCCCGGCCUUGAAUCAGUACAAUCAAUUGAAGCCAAACCAAAAACACCUGAUGGAUCAAUAGAUACUGCGAAACAAAAACUGGCCAAUGUGAUUAUGAAUCGUAAAAUCAAGGAACCUGCAAAGCCACUCCAGAUUACCGAAAGUCCAGAGUCUUUAAUUCUUGCUCCAGCUGGAAAUGUUGAACCAGUAGAAUCAAUCGAAGCCAAAUCAGAAUCUCAACCAACAACAGAUACCGAUGUGAUUAGUUUGAAACAGUGAAACCUACAAAAGUAAACGAAGCAGACCCACAAAUCAGAUCAUGUGCCUGUUACUGCUUCUGGAAAAAGAUGGAAUCAGUACAAUCAACACCCUUAGGUAGGAGUAGCAAACUACGAAUGUGCAUUAGACACAAAAGUACGUAGCAGGUGUGUAUUUGAUACAGAAGGAAAUUGGAACAGUAAGGCUACUAGAGAGAGAUAUUGUAGUAGAAAUCUAAGUAGUUUACUUGUUUUUUAGGGUUGGUUUUGAGCGAACUUGGUUUUCGUUGUUUUGCAAGUAAUUUAUUUUCUUUCAUCGUUUUUUAUAUUUUCUGAUGUUUCAUAUGGACAUAUGAAAUCUUUAGAUUAAACGUUA